UAUCGUAUUAUCCGAGCAAAUACUAUCGGUUAGGCAGCGCAUCACACACACAAAGCGAAAAAAAGAAAAAUACGGGUGACUUGCUAGCAAAUAUAUCCGAAAUUCACUGACCCCCGACGCCGAGAUUUGUGCUCCGACCAAGAUAAACAUAAGUUCGUGUGCUCCGUCCGCCCAAGCCAGCAAAAUAACCAAGUUCAACAUACGCCUUGACAACAUAAUGUCAAAGAACAAAAAACUGUCGCUGUCGGGCGGCGAUACGGCGGAGAAAUUUAUUUACAAACCCAAGGAUCUGAUAUGGGCCAAAAUGAAGGGCUUCACUCCGUGGCCGGGAAUGAUUGUCGAGCCACCCCUUGAUCUGCUUAGCCAGCAACGCCGGGCGAAUACCAAGUGCGUGUUUUUCUUCGGAUCGAGGAAUUUUGCUUGGAUUGAGGAGAACAACAUUAAGCCCUUCGAAGGGCCCUGGAAGGAUGAACUGGCCAAGGUGAGCAAGCCCGCUGCAUUCCGGCACGCCAUGACGGACAUCGAAAAGUAUAUUGACGACCCCGCCGAGGUAGACGAGCAGGUCAACAAAAGCUGCGGUGCGCCCAAUCACGCCACCGAAGCCGAUUUCGACAAGAUCCGGGAUGGCCUAGACAGCGAGGAGAAUAUGGGAGACGAGGCAGCCGCCGAUGGCAACAACGGAGUGGUGGCCCAUGUGGUGGGCAGCCCUGAUGAGGGCGAGGGCUUGGAUGUGGAAAACAAUGCAGAUUCCUCGGCGUCACCCGCGACGACACCGGCGGCCACAACGAAGACAAGUGCCAAGCGGACGCCUAAGGCUAAGUCCGUGGCCGCCGUGUCGGUCAAGUCGGCCAAGGGAUCGGCGACCAAAUCCGCACAGAAACGGCGCAUCUCCGCGCAACAGACCCCCAGUGGGACAUCGAAUGCCAAGCGAGGAAGGCGGGCUGCCUCCGGAGAAGCAGUGCGGGAUGCCGGAAUUGACGGCGCUAGCUCCACUCCCACGGCCAGACGUCGGGUCGAGACUGACGCACUGUUGGCCUCGCUGGCAGCCAAGCGGGCACCUAAUGCAAUUGCACUGCUCGACCGACCGGUGGUCACUCGGCCAGAGACCCAGGUCAUCGACAUGAGCUCGCGUUCUAACACGCUGGCCGAUCGCGAAAUCGUGCCCUCAGAGCAAACUUUCGGCUUUCUGGGUCUUGGCAUGAUGGGAUCGACCAUAGUCAAGGACUUAAUAUACACGGGGCACAAGGUUGUGGUUUGGAACCGCACCAUCGACAAGUGCCAGCCCUUUGCGGAGGCCGGUGCCGAGGUUAAAGACACUCCAAUGGAUGUGGUAGAGGCGGCCGACGUUAUCUUCUGCUGUGUGUCGGAUCCCAAGGGCGCUAAGGAUCUCGUGUUUGGCAACUGUGGCGUUCUGCAGCUGAAGGAUUUAAACAAUAAGGCCUACGUGGAAAUGUCUACCAUUGAUCCGGACACCUCGUUGGAUAUUGGUGAGGGUAUCAAGCAGUGCAACGGUCGUUAUCUGGAGGCACAAAUUCACGGAUCGCGACAAGAGGCAGCGGAUGGCAUGCUCAUCAUCCUCGCCGGUGGCGAUCGCUCAGUGUUCGAGGAGUGCCACUCGUGUUUCAAGACCAUCGCAAAGAACACAUUCUUCUUAGGGACAGAUAUCGGUAAUGCCUGUAAAGUGAACCUAAUUUUGCAAACCAUUUUGGGAGUGAGUCUGGUCGGGCUGGCUGAGGCGUUAGCACUUGCUGAUCGUUUUUCAAUUUCGUUAAAUGAUAUAAUAGACAUUUUCGAUUUGACAUCAAUGAAAUCACCGAUGCUGCUGGCCAAGGGCAAAGAAAUGGCCAAGGGCGAUUUCAAUCCGCAGCAGCCUUUGAGCCACAUGCAACGCGACUUGCGUUUGGUGCUAAACAUGGCGGAGAAUCUGGACCAGUCCAUGCCCGUCACCAGCAUCACCAACGAGGUGUUCAAGCACACCAAGCGCUUGGGUUACAGUGAACACGAUUCGAGCGCCGUAUUCGUAAGAUCCAGAUUUUAACAUUUAGUUAACACGACUAACGUUUAAACUAUAUUUUAUCAUUUAGUUUAAAGCGUACACCGAACAGAACAGAACCGACACUGACCAACACAAAAACACAACCGUAACACAUAACCCUCACUUACCCACCAACCUACCCAAACUGACAGAGGCGUUCGAUCGCAAGGCACACAGAUUGGCUCAAGCCGUUGGCCACGUUUGUAUGUCCUUUCGGUUGGCAGCGCCAUCCUAACCUUUCGUAUCUUUCCCAAUCUCCCCACAUGUAAAGCGUAAAUUGCAAAACGGCUUGCCGAUUCGAGUUGAAUCGCCGACAAUCAUCUCUGGUCUACCCGGUCUGACCUCGUCGUCCUGCCUGAGUCGCAGGAGCCAAUAAAGUGUGCUGGGAGAGGGUGUUCAAGAGCUGGCGCAUGAAGAACUUACCCUUUCCUAGAUCCCUUUAAUGAAUUGUGCAUUAUACGGCUUUAAAAAGUUUUAUUGUAUCUUUUAACGGGUGAAACGCAAUCCCAGAGAGGAGGAAGGGAGGGGAGCCGUGUUUCUGAUUUCCUGUAUUUAAAAUGUUGCUUCCCAAAUAUUAUUUAACGUUUGUGCAUACAUAAUUUUAAAAUGUAUAAAAUACCGCAUCCGAAUUAAAUGUACAAAGCAUACUUGUAAAACACAAUUCACAAUGUAGAAUACCAAACUGAGCAUGGUCCCCGAAUGUAUCGACCCGACUUCCCCUCAUUGUGCUUUUACUCCAAUCUUAUAUUUUCAUGUAUACAUUUACACAUUUUUUCUAAGAAUAAAGAGUAAGCUUAACGAUCAUACAGAUUUAAAUUGCAGUCAUAUUUGGCGUGGCGGUAACAACAGAUUGGUUUAGUUUUAGUUUUCCUUUAUACAACAACAAGACACAAACUGACACGGAAAACAAAACAGAACACACUACAACAGAAAAAAAAACAAUAUCUACAACUGGAUGCAAACAAAAUAGCGUAAACUUUGAUCGCUCCAUUGGCGAGGGUCAUUAUUAAUAAUAAUAAUAAGAAUAUAUAAUAAAUAAUAUAUUUUACUUAUUAUUUAGUCUGUAUUUUGUUGUCAAACAAAGAUUAAUAAAAAGAUAAUUUUAAUAGAGGAUGUAAGGAAA